CUGGGAGAGGACUUUAGAGAGACUUCAAGGCUUGCUCACGAUAUGUUCAUGUACUUUUAAUACAAUAAGGCUGAGGAGUGGUCAACAAAACGUAAUGUAGCCGAGCAAGCUAGUGCUAGCACUAACUGUCGUACCGGUGUUUUGUUUUGAUUUAACGUUCCAAAGUUUCGGUGUGUGUGAAGUACGUCAUUUUCUGAAAGAUUUGUUGGCACCCAUAAUUGUCAUGAUGUGAUGUUAAUUUGGCCUGACUGAUUAGAAUAUGUGACCCAUUACAUUUUUGAAGAUACACAGUCAGCUGUCCACAAGUAUGGGCAGGAGGCGGGUUUACACCCUUAUCUGUCUGGCAGCCAAUCGCCGCGUUUGCGAAUGUCUUCAUCUAAAACGCAUUAUUGUCAUGAAAAGUAAUGACAUAUAUAUUUUUCAGUAUCCGAGUGCUGGAUGUGUGCCUUUAAAGGUCGUGCCCUAGCGAGUUCCGUCAGGAGUCCUAAUCUGGUUAGUCGGUUCGUCUGGGUGUGAGCAUCUCGGUGCGAGUUGUGGCAUACAGCAGCUCCUUGUGUGUUCUCAUUUUGUCUUUGUGUGUUUAACUGCUUUAAUCUUUGAAUGAAUGGCUGCUGGAGCUCUCCAUGGCCACAGGCCAGGUGACUUAAUUAUUACGCCUAAACAACAACAAAACAAGUGAUUGUAACUUUUUCCAAUUUUUAUUCAAAUUCUGAUAUCCGUUCAUUUUCUGAGUCACUUAUCCUCACAAAGGUUGCUUCUGAAGCCAAUCCCACCUGUCAUCGGGCAGGAGGCGGGGUACAACCUGAACUGGUUGCCAGCCAAUCGCAGGGCACAUGCAGACAGACAACAGUCGCAAUCACAAUCACAUCUUGGGGCAAUUUAGAGUCUCCAAUUGAUGCAUGUUUUGGGGAUUUGGAAGGAAAGUGGAGUGCCCGGAGAAACAGCUCACAGGUACGGGGGAGAACAUGAAAACUCCACACAAGCGGGCCCGGAUUUGAACCCAGUUCCCGAGAACUGUGCAGCAGCCGCUUUAACUGGUUGUUCCACCGUGCCGCAAAUUCUGAUAUAUAAAUAUCCAUUUGAAAUUUUGUUGGUGAAGAACGAAAAAAAAUCUGAUGAGGGUCAAAAAAGCCCAGCGGUUAUGACUGUAGUCCUCUCGUCAUUCAUUAGUGAUCAGUCAUCAAAGUAGUGUAGCGUAUAAAUACUUAAAUACUCUACAAAGUCAAAGUGGAAAUUCAAAUUUAGUGUACGUUAUUUGGAGGGAUUUCUUUGUGCACAUUUUCAAGUGUCCCAUAUUCUAUUACUAUAUUAUAUUAUAAUAUCCCAUACAUAUUGGCUUGGAUCUUUGCUGUUCCUGUUGAUCAACAUGAACAUUUGUAGCUUGGGAAUUCGUGACUUUUAUUGUGAAGAGAUGCUGUCACAAUCAGCUGUGUGCGGGCAGUGUGGCCGUCCACUGUCCGAUUGUGUUGUCAAUGUUCGAAGGCUCCUAAUCUGAGGAAGAAUCGGAACCCAACAGAACUUGCUUCAAAGGCUUCACUUAACAACAUUGCAACCUGCCAAGGCAAGUGGCUUGAUUACAUUUUCAAAAUAAAAUAAUACAAUGAAAACAGGACUCACACUUUGUACUUGGGUUGAAGUUGUGAUAGUUAAGGUAAAAUUCAGCAUAGGCUAGGGUGAAAAUAAUUAUAAAACUGUAGUUAAAUGCGCAAAUCCCAUCUAUGUGGGGCAGCACAUGUAGUGAAGUACAGACAAUUUUGAAAUUUUCUAAAACAAGGGUCGCAAAAGUCUCAUCAGUACAGCGAUAAUGUAUGAACAUUUAACCAAUGUUAAUUCUAACCACUCGUGUCCCAAAGAUCAGCUUUGAUGCUGCAGUGAGUCGAUUCAACGGUGUAUGCGUACGCGUGUCUGUGCCGAGUGUGCACUUGUCUGUGCAGUACCCAUCCCGUGCUGAUGGCGGCGCCAAAAAGAGCUGACGGUGUUGGCGUGCUGCGCGACCUGCAAGUGGCGCUGCAGCUGAAGAUCGAUGAGCUGAUGGAGCGAGACGCAUUGAUUGACGAGCUGGAGUUGGAGCUGGACGCCAAAGAGCUCCUGAUUAGACAUCUGCAGGCCGAGCUGGAUCGUGAGCGCACUUUUGCGUCGUGUGGUGACAACACAGCUGCUGAAGUGCCAAACAAAGCAGGUGGUGAGCCACCGAUGAUGCGGGUGUCAUUGGACGAGCCUCAGCGCACCAAAAGACAGGCAAUCUCUGCAGAACCCACAGCUUUAGACCCUGCUCAGCUCACUGAUGUCACGCUCACAAGCUACUGCAAAACAAAAGAAUCCAGCGAGCUGAUCCAAAGGGCGCUGAUGGACAAUGACUUCAUGAAGCACCUGGAACACGGACAAAUCCUCACCAUUCUGGACUGCAUGCGCCCCACCAGCCUGGAGCGAGGAUGCUGCGUCAUCCAGGAAGGUGACGACGGAUCCAGCGUUUAUGUUCUCGAGGAGGGUAUGGUGGAGGUGACCAAAGAAGGAAAAAAAUUGUGCACCAUUGGACCUGGAAAAGUGUUUGGAGAGCUCGCCAUCUUGUACAACUGCACACGCACGGCCACUGUGACAGCACUGACUGAUAUCAAGUUGUGGGCCAUCGACCGUCAGGGGUUUCAAACCAUCAUGAUGAGGACCGGCCUCAUCAAACAUUCCCAGUACACCGACUUCCUGCGGAGCGUUCCGUCCUUUCAGGCCCUUCCUGAGGACAUCCUCAGCAAGCUGGCGGACGUUCUGGAGGAGACUCACUACACAGAUGGUGAUUACAUCAUUCGACAGGGUGCCACGGGGGACACCUUCUUCAUCAUCAGUGAGGGUCAGGUGACCGUGUCGCAGCAGAGCGCCCCCAGUGAUGAGAAGGUGAUGCUUUCUAAAGGAGACUGGUUUGGCGAGCAGGCGCUGAAGGGGGAGGAUGUCCGCACAGCCAGCGUGACAGCAGUCGGUGCUGUCACUUGUCUGGUGGUGGACAGAGAGUCCUUCAAGCAGCUUAUUGGCGGCCUGGAGGAAGUCAACGACAACCAGAGCGAUGACAACGAAGUCAAAGCCAAGCGUCGGGCAGAGGAUGACUUUUUCUCAAGUGUGAGGCUGAAUGACUUCAAUGUGGUCUGCACCCUGGGCGUUGGUGGCUUCAGCCGCGUUGAGCUGGUUCAGCUGAAAAGCGACACCGGGCGCUCGUUCGCUCUUAAAGUGUUGAAAAAGCGCCACAUCCUCGACACCAGGCAGCAGGAACACAUCCUGUCGGAACGUCGCAUCAUGAUGGAUGUCCACAGCCGCUUCAUCAUCAGGUUGUAUCGGACCUUCCGGGACCCCAAGUAUUUGUAUAUGCUGUUGGAGGUUUGUCUUGGCGGCGAGCUGUGGACGCUCCUACGAGACAGGGGCUCGUUUGACGACGGGACCACGAGAUUCUACACAGCAUGUGUCAUUGAGGCUCUGGCAGAACUCCACUCUAAAGGGAUCAUCUACCGAGACCUCAAACCGGAGAACAUCAUACUGGACCACAGAGGCUACGCCAAGCUGGUGGACUUUGGCUUUGCUAAGAAAGUCGGCCUGGGGAAGAAGACCUGGACCUUUUGCGGGACUCCUGAGUACGUGGCCCCGGAGAUCAUCCUCAACAAAGGUCACGACAGCUCGGCUGACUGCUGGUCUCUCGGGAUUCUGGUCUUUGAGCUUCUCAGCGGAAGUCCACCGUUUUCUGGUUCCGACCCAAUGAAGACAUACAACAUCAUCCUUAGGGGCAUCGACAUGGUGGAGUUUCCCAAAAAGAUCACUAAGAGUGCUGCCAACCUCAUCAAGAGACUCUGCAGACAGGGACAACCCCUCAGAACGUCUUGGGAACCAGAAGAAUGGUGUGAAGGACAUCCAGAAGCACAAGUGGUUCGAAGGCUUCAACUGGGAUGGCCUCCGGCAAGGAACCAUGGAUUCCCCGUUCACGCCAAGGGUGGACGGCCCGCUGGACAACAGCAACUUUGACGACUUCCCUGUAGACUCAGAGGAACCGCCCCCGGAUGAGGAGUCCGGUUGGGACCAAGAGUUCUGACCGGGAUUAUGCAGCCAUGCAAAAAAGGACUUGAAAAACUUUUGGACUUUUUGUGGACAACCAAGUCAGAAUGUUUGCACAGGAACUACGCUAUCCCUCAAUAACUUUGAUGUCCUGCAGCCAUUUCUUCUUUAGGUUUAGGUUAGGCGUUUGAGCUGAGCAUCUCCCGGAGGUUAGGCGAAGGAGUCCGAGUACGCCCUCUCCUGGAAUUCCGAUACCCGAAGUACUGGUAUUUAUUUCUUAUAGUAAUUAUUUAUUUAUUUGUAAAUGAAAUUUUAAAUCUCAAUUGUAUUUAUGAUUAAAAAGUAGUUUUUAGAAAUA